CUUAUGUCUCCACAUUUAUCAAAGCUUUGGUCCAGUUAAACGUCUCAGGAUUCGAACCCAUCGGUCGUUAUUAAUCGGGAGCUUUGGUCAAUUGGUCUGUUAGAUUUCCCGACGACGACAACAAAAUAUCGACCACGAAAUACCCGUUGCCAUAAUGCCUCAGGAUCUGCCCCCAAUCGGGGGCUACGGCCCUGUACAGUACAAGCGUAACCUCCCCGCUCCAGGCUUCCGCCCAGCGACGCUACUCCUCGCCAUGGGUGCCGUUAUGACUUUUGGUUUCUACAAGUUGGGACAGGGCAUCCGAGAGCAGAAUGAGCUUGCCCGAGAAAAGAUGUGGUCGCGUAUCCACUUGAUCCCUCUACUCCAAGCCGAGGAAGACCGCGAUCUCGUCCGCAGACAUCUAGCCGAUCAGGCCCGCGAGAAGGAGCUGCUGGGCGAGAACAUGCAAGUCUACAACUCUGGAAAGUAUGUUAUCCUCUCACGUUACCCUCCCGCCUGAGCAAUCGUUACAAGGCUAGGGGGAAGAAUCAAUGCUGAUAUAUAUAUAUGUACGCUCGCAGAUACGUGAGACCAACGUUUGCCG